UGUUUUGCUUUGGGCGGGCUAGGAGAAGUUCGCGGUGUGGUUCGUGGUGUUGAAAUCAGCACAACCUACCAUUAGAAAAAUAAUCGUGAGUGGAACUGGUUGAACAAGAGAUGAAGGCAACUGUCAGUCUGAGACGGGAACAUAUUCAUGAAGACAGUUAACUGAACAAAGUCAACAAAGGACGUAUUUGUCAGCUGUCCGAAUCUGACUUUGGAUUUAGUCGCUGUUCUCAUUUCUAAACGGAAACCACAGCUACUGUACUGUGUACUAGCUUCUGCAUAACAAGAUCGCGCUCCUAACUUGCUUUGCUAGCUAAUUCUCUAGGACACAUUUCAUCAUUUAAAAUACAAAACUGAAUGUUGUUUCUGUCAUGAGUCCGGCCGGGUGCUCACAUGUGAACGCUUAUAAGGUGGACAAUUGGAGGCCAAACCUACGAGUCAUAUACCAAUGCUUUGUUUGGAGCGGGAGUGCUGAAACCAGGAGACGAAAGGUGCUACAGAAUGAUGCGGGAUGGACGGCAUUGGCCAAGUCGUGUAUCUGUCACAUGUGUGGCGCCCAUCUGAACCGGCUCCAUUCCUGCCUGUACUGCGUGUUCUUCGGCUGCUUCACCAAGAAACACAUCCACGAGCACGCCAAAAACAAGCGGCACAACCUGGCUAUAGACUUAUUAUAUGGUGGAAUAUAUUGUUUUGUGUGUCAAGACUAUAUAUACGACAAAGACAUGGAACAGAUUGCCAAAGAAGAACAGAGGAAAGCCUGGAAACUGCAAGGUGUCGGUGAGAAAUACUCAACGUGGGAACCUACGAAGCGAGAGCUGGACUUACUACGGCACAAUCCAAAGCGGAGAAAAAUGACUACAAACUGCACCAUAGGUUUACGGGGGUUGAUUAACCUGGGCAACACGUGCUUCAUGAACUGCAUCGUCCAGGCCCUCACACACACGCCCCUGCUGCGAGACUUCUUCCUGUCGGACAGACACAAGUGCGAGAUGCAGUCCAACUCCUGUCUGGUGUGUGAGAUGUCCCAGCUCUUUCAGGAGUUCUACUCGGGCCACCGUUCACCCCACAUUCCCUUCCGGCUGCUGCACCUGGUGUGGACUCACGCGCGCCACCUAGCGGGCUACGAGCAGCAGGACGCCCACGAGUUCCUCAUCGCAGCGUUGGAUGUGCUACACAGGCACUGCAAAGGGGACACAACCAGAGACGACAAUGGGAAGAAGGCCAACAAUCCGAACCACUGUAACUGCAUCAUAGACCAAAUAUUCACCGGCGGCCUCCAAUCAGACGUCACCUGUCAAGUCUGCCACGGCGUGUCCACCACCAUAGACCCGUUCUGGGACAUCAGUUUGGAUCUGCCGGGCUCGUCCACUCCCUUCUGGCCCCUCAGUCCCGGGGGAGACGGGGGCACCGUCAACGGGGAGAGCCACCUCUCAGGGGCCACCACGCUCACAGACUGUCUACGCAGGUUCACUCGGCCCGAGCAUCUAGGAAGCAGUGCCAAAAUCAAAUGCGGCGGUUGCCAUAGUUACCAGGAGUCCACCAAACAGCUGACGAUGAAGAAGCUCCCCAUCGUGGCGUGUUUCCAUCUCAAACGGUUUGAACAUUCGGCCAAGCUGAGGAGGAAGAUCACCACGUACGUCUCCUUCCCCCUGGAGCUGGACAUGACGCCUUUCAUGGCAUCCAGUAAAGAGAGCAGAAUGAACGGCCAGUAUCAACAGACGGUAGAUGUAUUAAACAACGACAAUAAGUAUGCCCUGUUUGCCGUGGUGAACCACCAGGGCACCCUAGAGAGUGGCCACUACACCAGCUUCAUACGCCAGCACAAGGACCAGUGGUUCAAAUGUGACGACGCCAUCAUCACCAAGGCCAGCAUCAAGGACGUGCUGGACAGUGAAGGGUAUCUGUUAUUCUAUCACAAGCAGUUCCUUGAAUACGAGUAGCCUUACCUAGGUAACCGCUGACCUGCGGAGAACCAACCAACCCAAUGCUCAAAGAGAUGAGGAACCAACCAAUGACUGGGGAAUAGAGGACAACCACAAACACACAAACCUACCUGAAACUCUGAAUACACCCGUCACUACCAACCACUCACCCAGCCCCUUGGACAAUGACUAUAGUGAAUCGUGAAAUCAUGCAAAACUUUUCUUCAAAAACAACAUCACUGAGCUACUACUUGACACAACUGAAGGGAGCAGAAAGACUGGAAUCUUGGCCAAAGCAGGCCUGGAGAUGGAGGGCAGAGCCCUCCCCUUGCUCGCCCCACCCCUUUUCUGACAAAGGGGUGGUUCCUGGGGAGAAAGAACCCUCCUCUAUUCACCCCUUUCCCUUCUCUGUUAAACAGGUGGAACCUGAGUGAGAAUGAUAGACAGUUAUGAGGAGGAACAAACGGCACCUCUGGCCUACAAACUACAGUAUUCUAUUGCCUGUUUAUUUUCCCCAUGGUGCUCUCGUUUCAACUGACCAAGCAUUUACCAGACAGAAUCACUAGGGAAGAGACUGUCGAUGUCUUCAUAUGCAUACAGAACUGAAUGCAAAAAAACAUAUAUAUAUAUAUUUUGUUUGUGGAUGUAGUGUAUAUAUAUACUGCAUCCUCAAACAAAAGUAUGGUAUUAUUAAAAAAGCUUGCAGAAAUGUUUUCUCAAAAAAAAUUUAUGAUUGUUAUUAUUUGUUAAAUAAUUUCAGGAAUAUGGUAUGAUGCCUAGUACAUACAUUUUUUUACAAGUGUGGAAGUGAGGGACCUAACAUCUCUGGCACGAGACGCCAUCCAUGCUAGUUUUCUUUAGAAGCGCAGCCUUGGAAACCAAUGGGAAAAACUGACUUGGAAUAAACUGGAUAAAGCUUUUAUUUUGAAAUGUUUCGGUUUAGGGCAGGGAAUAUCAUAUAUUUUUUAAUUCAUUCAUUUAAAUCCUUUGUUUACUGUUCAUUUUCUUCCAGUGUCUGCGUUUGUCUCAUGGUUUCUGUUCUGUUGAGGUGCGGUCAUGUCCCUUCUCUGCUGUUACGGUACAUGCUUUGGGCCUGGUAUCCUUUAUUAUGUGAAAAGUGUUGGGUAUAACAAUAAUGAUGGGGGUGAUUUGAAAUUGGCUCACUUCUGCUGUUGCAGCAUGUCUGUUGGGGAUGAGCUGUACUUUUCCUGUGGCAUUAUGAAGUGGAGGCGGAGUACUGAACGCAACAACUCUAAAUCUGUGCACGAAACCCUUUGCCACCCAGUAGGGUGUGGACCCGACAAGCUGUUCCCCGUGUAUUGCUGAGACACGUGCGGUGCUCUGCGUGAUGUGCCGUCUCCUGCACGGACAGGGAGUCGGUUGACAUGAAAAGCUGCGUGCUAACCAAAGCCCACUGCAACACGGGUCUUGGGCAGAACCGCAGCGGCUCGCUGUUUCCCCCAGACCGUGCACUGCUUUAGGUUCUGCCCGGAUGUUCUCCACGCUGGCCGGGGUUUAUUCUGCCAUUUUGGACACACGGCGCUCAUUCUUUAAGUCCCUUUGGGCAAUAAUACCUCAUCUCGUACAGCUCCUCUCUAUUCCGAGACGCUCCAUUGGUGUUUGUACUGUACUGGUGUUGGGGGUGGGGGGUGGGAGGAAAAGGUGGCGAUGCAGAAGGUUGCACGUACACACGGCGCCCUCGCUGCUUUUGAAUCAGUGUUAACUUAAUAUCCAUGGCAACAGCAACACUGCUUGUUCAGUCAGACUGGGGUUGUGUUCAUCAGGCGCCAAACGGAAGCAAAGCCGACUCUUACAGGGAGGGACUAUUCAGGCUUGUCCCAUGAGAAACGCCUAUGCAUCGUCGGUGGCUAAAAAAAACUGGUCUGUCGCGAGCCCUGAUGAACAUGUCUCGGUGUGGCUUGUGGUAUGUUGUCUGCAGUGCAGGAACACAGUGCUCUAUCUCAAUCAAUAUGCUGUCUGAAUUCUGAAGUUGGAAAAAAUGUUUAAAAAAAAAAACGUUAAAAAAGAGAACACCACCGUGUUGUGGGGUAUUUUAUGUUUGAAUAUUCCUAAUUGUCUGUAUGUAAAGAGAAAAAAAAAGGAAAUGUGUGGUAGAAAUGUCUUCACUCAUGAAAUCAGACGACAGCUCACGGCUGAUCUAUUGCAUAGUAAUGGCACAUUGAUAGUGCAUCACCUUGGGGCUGAUUUAGCUGCUUGGUAAACAAACACAAAAAGUCAAUAUCCUCUGGUCUGCUGCAGAUAGUCUAUUUUUUAACCCUGAGCCAGAGCAGAUGGGGGUAGAAGAACAGAAAUUGCACAUGUUUGAAUGGUCACACCACCAAGGCUUCUGUAUCAGGUGGUUGGCGAGAAAUGGCACCACCCAGAGGACAUUUAAGGACAGCUGAAGGAGGAGGCGGCUGUCAUUGUCUGUUUAAGUGAUUAAACUCUGAACAAAACUG